CUGAUUUAAUAAGCUUCACCUGUCGGCCAAGCUUGCGAAGAUUACACUUUCAUGUGUACAGAUUAUUAUAUAGUUGUUUUGUAAAUAAGCUUUUUUGCUCAAUUUCGAUGCCUCAAGAUGUAUAUAUAAUACCGCCGUGCAAAAAUAAGCAAAGUCGACAAAAACUGAGCGUUAGGAGUAAGUUUAUUUUUUAUUGCACUGGUUAUCGUCUCGCGAUUCACCAAUAAAAAGAAGUGGCAAGUAAAAUCAAGCUUUUUACAACAGAUUUCGACACAAGAUGUUGUAUACAAUUUUCGGUAGUUAUUUAUUAUAUUGUGCAUUACUGCAAAAUUAUGUUGAAGGAAGCAGCAAACCAAACAUCAUUUUUAUUAUGGCAGAUGACCUGGGUUAUAAUGACAUAGGGUAUAAUGCCAAAAAUCACAAUUCUGAUAUGAAAACACCCUUUCUUGACGCUAUGGCCGAGCGGGGUAUAAAACUGGAAAACUACUACGUCCAACCUCGCUGUACUCCAUCAAGAAGUCAACUUCUUACCGGAAGACAAGACAUAUCUACUGGUUUACACCAUGCUGUGAUAUACACCGCUCAACCAAAUGGCGUACCUACAACGUUAAAAAUGUUGCCUGAACAGCUGAGGGACUGCGGGUAUGAUACACACAUGGUCGGAAAAUGGCAUCUUGGCUUCUAUAAAAAUGAAUUUUUACCUUCAAGAAGAGGAUUUAACUCUUAUUUUGGAGAUCUAACCGGAGCUUCGGACCAUUUCACACAUACGGCGUGCUCAAAACAAUCAUGUGGCGUAAGCAUGUGGAGUUCCUCCGACGGCCCUGUUAAUAAUACGUGGGGUGAAUAUUCAGCUCAUUUGUACGCAAGAAAGGCAAUUGAAGUAAUUAAAAAAAGAGACAUCAUGAAGCCAUUCUUUUUAUACCUAUCGUAUCAAUCAGUACAUUCGCCCAUACAAGCUCCUGAUGAAUACAUAAAACCGUUUAGUCACAUAAGUAACAAGAAGCGAAGAACAUACGCGGGUAUGGUACUUGCUAUGGAUGAAUCAAUCCGAAAUGUAACAUCAUAUCUCCACAAAGUAGGAUUACUUGAGAACACAAUUGUCGUUUUUUCUACUGACAACGGUGGAAUAACGAGACAAGGUGGUAACAAUUAUCCCUAUAAAGGAGGAAAAGCAUCAUUGCACGAAGGGGGUGUAAAAGCCGUUGGCUUUAUAUAUGGUAAGCCACUUGGCAUGAGGAAUGUCACUCACAAUGGCCUUCUUCACGUUUCAGAUUGGUAUCCAACUUUCCUACGGUUAUCUUCAUGUCCGAAAAUGGAAGGAACUCAGCCGCUCGACGGAUUUGACCAAUUCGAUUCAAUUGUUAAAAAAACUUCAUCUCCACGAUAUGAAAUACUGCAUGGAUUCGAUCCACUUUAUAAAAAGGUUGCCAAAACGACUCGGUAUAGUUCACAGACUGUUUAUAAUACCGAAAUUCGAGCAGCCCUGCGCUGUGGUCCAUGGAAACUCAUAACUGGUCACCCUGGUUCUAAUCGUGCAGAGCGACCACCAGAAUACAACCAACGUUUUGGUAUAGCGAGACUGAAGAAAGGCCGAUCUGAUAGACCUAUUUUCCUACGAGAUGUUCAACUUUAUCACAUAGAAUCAGAUCCAACUGAGAAAAUAGAACUAUCAGAUAAAUACCCGAAGGUGGUAUAUAGAUUGUUAAACCGUCUUGCGAAUUAUACUGCAAAGGCUAUACCCGUAAGAUUUCCACGCGCCGAUCGUCGUUCAGAUACUGAUCUACACGGUGGUUAUUGGGUGCCGUGGCGGAGUAAAUAAGAAUUUUAUUUUAGGCAAAUAGAAAGCAAUUUUGAUUGAAUAUAAACUUCUAGAAUGUAUUGCAUAUAAUUUUAUGUACAUUAAUGUUUCACUUCUAUAUAUAUUACACAUUUUUCUUCUACUAUCUACUGUCUUGAUAACAUUUAUCAAACGAGAAUUAAAAGUCCCUCCGUGCAAAUAUGAUUGACCACAAUAGCAACGUGAGCAGACUUUUCGUAUCGACGGAUUUUGACCAUCUAUAGUAUACCUUUUGAAUAAUUUUAAUCUGAUCUUUUGAAAUGCUUGAUGGAUGAUACACGUAAUACAUAGAACCAAGCGGUGUCGGCCUGCUUGCUACUUUAAAGCGCUUUUUUUAAUAUUCCUUCGAAAAGCUCAGAAUAAUGAUCACAUUACCUUUGAGUUGAACAGAAAACUUGUGGCAUGGUCGACUUGACUGACAGAGAUGAUAAUGAGUAGUCGAGCUACAAUGUUAUAAUUAUGAUGUUGGUUAGUCCUGUUGGCAACACUGAAUCCAAAAAAAACUGGCAAAUAUGGGAAUAAAAUAGUUAUUCGGAUGAUUUCUAAGGAACUCGUAAUCUGUAUAUAUAUUAAUAGUCUGCUUGUACAAGAACUAGGGCUGGAUUUGAGAGACAAAGUUUUUUUCACUAUUCUUAAAAUAUAAGUAAUGAUAUUCAGGCGGAGCUUACAAUGAUAAGCAAUUUUUUUCUGAAUAGAUUCACAUUUGCACUCAUGAGCAAAAAUUCAACCUUCCUAAAUUGGCGCCUGAUCCUUCCUGAAGUAUGCGUACCAAGAUGGCGGGCAUCGGAACGUCGUAUGUGUACCAGGUUAGGGUUAG